AUGCCACCAAAACGAAAGAAAGAAAAUGAUAUUAUUAUCAUAGCAAGAUUUAGCAGGAGAAAAGAAGUCCCACUUGAACCUUUGAUAAAUACUACUGCUACUGUAUCCAAAUAUAACCGCAAAAAGAAAGAAGAGUCAUCUAUUCAGCUGAUAAUUGAUAAAAUAUUGAAAGAUGACGAUAACCAACAAGCCAUAACUACAGGUACUAAACAUGAUCCUAAUAAAAAAGAAGGAACCAUCAUUUUACGUAAAAAAAAUAAAGAAAUGGUUGCUUCAUCAUUUUCAAACGAUAAUCAACUGAUAAUUGAUGAUGAUCUACAAGUCUUAAAUCAUGAAUUUUAUGGUAAUAAAGAAAUUGCAAAUGUUGAGACAGAAUUGUCUUAA